ACAAGGCCAUUAAUUCUAUCCCCGGUAACUCAACCAGCUCUCAUAGCCUCAUCGCGACAUCCAAAUCGAUCGCCUCGAGUGCCGCCAGAGCAUUGCUUUGUAUCUGAAUCGACCCUCUACAAAGCAAGUAUGGAGGCGAAGUCAUGGGGGAAGAAACGGAAUUCGAUAUUCCAGACGUGGGCGAGGUGCAAGUCGUUAGGCAAGGCCCGGUCGGCAGCGGCGGGGGAGACGGAAUUAAACCGGCGACGGAGGAAGAAGGGAUGUCCUACUGGAGGAGGC